CAAGAAUCAGGGUCAUCUAUUCAGUGAGAAUGAAGAUUUCUUUUCUUUUCUUGAGCCUCGUGUUUUUUCUUAACUAUAUUGAAAUCAGUUCGCAAAGCAGUCGAGAAAAUCGUCGAAGUGGUCGAAAUGAUAAUAGUCAGCAAACACCUCUUCGAAAUUAUGUGGCUACUUCUUCUAGUACCGCUGGACUAAAUAGUCAUCUGAAACCUUCUGGAUUUGUUUUGAAAAAGAAUUACAAAGGCGAACGAAUUUUUAAAUUACUUGGAAAAUGGCCUACUCGCCUCAAUAUACAGCCUCAUACUACUGAAGUAAUGCUUGAAGAUAUGUUAGUUGGAACAAUUGGGCGGGACCCUGAAGCACAUGGGACAAUUAAUAUGUAUCCAGUAAUUUUAGAUGGCACAAGCCUGCCUUGUAUAAUACAUAAAUCUGGAGAGCCCAGAAGUAUUCGUUCUAUUGAAAUUCUAGAUUGGAUAAAAAUAAUGCAGCCAGCAGCCGGUCUCGCUUUAAAAGCCAUAGAGGCAUUACAGCAAGAACGCCAACGUAAACUUCAAAAUUGAAUUUACCCAUAAAAAUAGUAUUUGAAAAAAUGACUGUGCAAUUCAAUGUUGAUAAGAAUAAUCAGAGCGAAGAUUGACACUCAGUACUUCUGAUUGAUUGGAUAUGAGGAAAAAUGGAUUUACAGAAUAGCAGCAAUAAUUUUUUGUUUAGGAACUGAACAAAGGUUACGUAGGCGUAAAUCACAUGAUUCUUAACAUAUCAUACUAUAUCUACUGUUAACAAACAGGACAACAUACUUGUUCCUCAACCAUUU